CGCUUCCCUAAUACUUGGUACUGAUAAAUGUAUAGAAAUGGCGCUAACUGCUGGACAAAAUGACUUUGCUUCAGCAGAGAACACAGAGGACAGAGAGGGACAACCUAAACCCCUCAGGUUGGAGUCUUGUCUGGAUCAACCGGAGGAUUCUCCUGUUGAUGAAGUCGUCAGCUACAUCCCUUCUCAUCUGCCAGCCAAACAUUACGAUGCAGACACCACCGAACCAAUCAGCUGUGGCCUUCGCACCAUGGGUGAGCUGUUGUCAUGGAAACGGAGCGAGGCAAACCUCUUCAACGUGGCAACAGUUCCCCUGGCCCUUCGGGAGCCUCCUCUCGCCAGGUGUCCACGCCGGACUCUGGUGUCUCACGACAUGAUGGGCGGUUACCUGGACGACAGGUUCGUCCAGGGCGCCAACUCAGAAACUCCGUAUGCUUUCUACCACUGGCAGUACAUCGAUAUCUUCAACUACUUCACUCAUCACCUGGUGACCAUUCCUCCGGCCGUGUGGACCAACGCAGCGCAUAAACACGGCGUCGUCGUCCUGGGGACCUUCAUCACAGAGUGGGACGAUGGAGCCAAGAUGUGCGAGGCGUUCCUGAAGGACGAGGAGUCGUACCGGGCCGUGGCUGACAAACUGGUCCAGAUCAGCAAGUACUACGGCUUCGACGGUUGGCUCAUCAACAUAGAGAACUACCUCGGUGAGGUGGCGGUGAGGAACAUGCCUCUGUUCCUCCAGUACCUGACGGAGCAGACGCGUGAGCGCGUGCCCGGCGGGCUGGUCCUCUGGUACGACAGCGUGCUGGAGAAUGGGCAGCUCAAGUGGCAGAACCAACUCAACCAGUCCAACAGGAUAUUUUUUGAUGCUUGCGAUGGUUUCUUCACCAACUACAACUGGACGGAGCAGAACCUGGAGGCGAUGAAGGACUACGUCGGCACCCAGGGCCGCCAGGCCCACAUCUACGUCGGCGUGGACGUGUUCGCCAGAGGAGACGUGGUGGGAGGGAAGUUUGAGACUAAUAAGGCUCUGGAACUCAUUCGGAAGCACGGAUUCUCUGUGGCCAUCUUCGCCCCCGGCUGGGUGUACGAGACUCACUCCGACAAGAGCGAGUUCCCCAAGAAUCAGGACAAGUUCUGGGCUCUCCUGGUGGACCACCUGUACAUCCACCGGCCGGCCUCGCCGCUGCCCUUCGUGUCCUCCUUCUGCCGGGGCUUUGGGAAGGCCGUCUACUGGAGGGGCCGGUGUGAGAGGAAGCAGAGCUGGUUCAAUCUGAUGGCGCAGGAGGUCCAGCCGUUGUACUACCACAUGGACCUGGGGGCCCCGGGCUGGCUGAAGAGCCGGGGCUGCCCGGAGGACGCCUGGAACGGAGGCAGCUCGCUGCUGCUGGAGGGAGUGGUCCCCGAGGCCAUGGACGGCCCCGUGUCUGCCAAGAUCUUCUCCCUCCACGUUCCCGUGAACUCUGAGAUCCUGGUGACUCUCAUCUGCAAGACGUCAGCUGGGAUCAAGGUUUCUCUGGAGAUGAGGACGGUGGACGCCGACCACUGCACCACCUCCGACGUGCAGGAAGUCACAGUUACCAGUUUGACCCCUGCAGUGGACGGAGCGCCCCAGUUAAUGAGCCACGUCUCUGAGAUGUGUGGCGGCGUGAAUCCAGAGGGCUGGAGCGUCAGAUGUUCUCAGCUGGAGCUCCGUGGCUGCGUUCUCAGAGAGCUCAGCGUCCUGAUCCACCGCGACGGCGAGCCCGGGGACCUUCCUUUCAGCUGCACGCUGGGAGAAGUUAUGGUGCUGGACGUGGCCGGGCUGCAGGCGCCCCCAGAUGCGGUUCAGGGUUUGUGCAUCAACGACGUGGUUUGGCUCCACGGCGCCGGCACCUCACCAGAGACGACCUCCACCUCACCAGAGACGACCUCCACCUCCUUGUGCUUCAAUGCCACCCUGCGCUGGGCCUACCCAGCGGAACACGUGCGGUGUUUCCGGGUGUACUGGCGGCGGCUGAGGGGGCCGGACCCCCGGAUCCCCCCGGGUCAGCUGCAGCUGGUGGGCCGGGCGUACUCCAGCGUGUUCAGGGUGACGGAGCUGCUGGUGCCGGAGCCCCCCGGCCUGCUGGAGCUGGUGGUGGAGCCGGUGAGCAGGACGGGGUUCCUGGUCCCGGAGAGCCGCUGGGGGAGGAGACGGCUCAGCUACAGAGCCGAGGCGGCUCCCUGACGGCCGGGGACACUUCACUACUCUGCACAGUCCACGGGCUGAAAUGUCUUUUCUUUUUCUUUUCUACUACAAAUACUUAGCUUUUUUUAUUCAUGAAGAUAUCUCAGUUCAGGUACCAGUCAUCUUCUUUUCCGGACUUGGUUUUCAGAACGGCUGCAGUCGUGAAGAAGUUGGAAGCUCAAUUUUAACUGUUUUUUUUGUGUGAAAAAAACAAAAAUAUCACUGCAAAAACUCAAAAUCUUAACAAGAAUAUUUGUCUUAUUUCUAGUUAAAAU